AUGCAACAACAACAGAAUCCUAUGAGACAGCCUAAUACUCAGUCUGAUGUUCUUAAUCAAUUCAUGACUGAAACGCGGUCUUCUAUUAGAAAUUUGGAGAACCAGAUUGGGCAAUUGGCUACUCUUAUGGCCAACCGUGCUCAAGGUAACCUUCCUAGCACCACUGAAGUCAAUCCAAAAGAAGAGUGCCAGGCUAUUACAUUGAGAUGUGGGAAGAAAUAUGAAGAACCAAGUGUGGAGCAGUCAGAUGAAGACAAGGUUCAGGAUCAACAAGCACAGGGCACAGUGGAAAAGAAGCAAGGUGAAAACAAGGUUACUGAAUACCUACCAACCAAAGAAGCUACACCACAAGUGAGCAUAGAUCACCACAUCAAGAUUCCCUACCCACAAAGGCUCUGCAAGAACAACCUUGAUAAGCAAUUCUCAAAGUUCCUUGAAAUAUUCAAGAAACUACAUAUCAAUAUCCCAUUUGUGGAGGCCUUGGAGAAAAUGCCAAGGUAUGUUAAAUUCAUGAAGGAUAUUUUGGCCAAGAAAAGGAAGUUGGAGGAAUAUGAGACAGUGGCACUUACUAAGGAGUGCAGUGCAAUCUUGCAGAAGAAACUACAUCCCAAGCUUAAAGAUCCGGGUAGUUUCAAUACUCCAUGUUCUAUAGGGGGCUCAGUCGAAACAAAAGCUUUAUGUGAUUUAGGGGCAAGUGUGAAUCUAAUGCCUCUAUCUAUUUUUCGAAGGCUAAAAUUGGGAGAAGCUCGCCCUACAACGGUUUCCUUACAGAUGGCUGAUCGCUCCAUUAAACAUCCUCGUGGAGUGAUAGAGGAUGUCUUGGUGAAGGUGGGUAAAUUUAUUUUCCCCGCUGAUUUCAUAAUUCUUGACAUGGAGGAAGAUGCAAACAUUCCCAUUAUUUUGGGAAGACCAUUCUUAGCCACAGGACGAGCUUUAAUCGAUGUACAAAAAUGGGAGUUAAGAGUUGAUGUGGAGAAUGAUUGUCAAGAAUCAAUUGCUAAAAAGAAGAAGAAGACCAAAGAACGAUUUCGAACAGUUCGACGUCGUAUGAAAAGAUUAUUGUGUGGCAAGUUUGAAGGUUUCGAUGACAUUGGGGAUAAUUUCAAUAUUCUCAACAGUAGAAGGGAAUUUUCCUCAUAUGACACGAUGGCUCUCAAGGAUGCAAGGGGUGGACUUGACCCAAGUUGA